AUGAAUUCGAUUCGUCGAGUCUUCAAUUUUGAACAACCAGGUGCAGUCAAAUUACAUAUGGAGGAGGUACCAGUGCAAACAACCAAGAGCAGGUGGAGCCGUAUGAUAGAAAAAGAAAAAACAGAAAAAGCGUUGGUAAACCCAAAACAAAACAUCUUGAAGCAAGGUAGUCUAUCUAAUAAGUUGAACCACAAAUAUAGUAAAAGAAAAGUAUGUGAUAAAGAACAUAUAUGA